AUGAAAUCCACCCUCUUCAUCGCCUCUACCCUUCUCUCCCUGGCCGCCGCCACCUUCCCAACCAACAUUACUCUAGUGGACUUUAUCAAAGAAUACACGCUUGAUCAAAUUGCUUUGCCUGUGGAAGAUGGUGCUGACCUGUGGAUCCUCUCCAAAGAUGGCGACAGACAGAACGUGUCAACCGACUCGCUGCUAUACACCACCUGGAGCGAAAGCGACUGGCCUCUGUUCGAGUACGGAUGCCACCUCGAGACCGAGACAGGCGGCUCCUUCGCCUACAGUAUUGGGCUUAUGUAA